ACUCAGGGCAGGUGAGACUGACACACAGAGCACAGGCAAAUACAUAAAAAAAACACAAAGUCCAAAACACACACACACACACACACACACUUACAAAAAUCAGAACCAUGACAGGGAUACAUUCAGCUUUCAUAAAAUUCUUUGGCCUUUCUGCUUUAUUUAAUGGUGACAGUAGAGAAACAAGAAAGACAGGAAAUGGCAUGGAGCAAAUGGCUGGAGGAAUCAAACCUGCUGCUGGGACCUGGCAACCGUGGCUCACGUACAAUUACGUCGACGCUCGCAGGGGGGGAAACAUGUCGGCGUCCGAGACAACGACAAAGGAGCCUCUGGAAGAAAAUGCCUCAGAAACACGAGGAGAUUUGUUAGCGGGAGCAAAUCAAGCAAAAGAAGGUAAGGCAGCUUCCAACACAUCUGUGGUUGCCAAGGAGACAGCGCCCGCUGGUGAGAUGUCUCUGCAGCCUGGAAAAGAUGGUUCCCAAAUUGGAGAGGAGAGCGAGAAGCGACCACCUCCCUCUUCCCCAUCAAACAAAGCUCCUGCAGGACACGCAGCAAAGUCCCUUGCAUCGACCUCCUCCUCAUCACUCCCCUCCUUUCCCUCUACCUCUUCGGCUUUGUCUCCUGGCCGAGCAAAGAUGAGUGUUUCUGGGCCCAGCAGCAGUAAAUCAGUCCUGCCACCUGCUCCUCCUACCUCCUCUUCCUCUUCCUCCACAGCGUCUUCCGCUCCUUCUGUCUCAACUGCCCCGCCAAAGAUCCACCGGGCCCGCAAGACCAUGAACAGGCCCCCACCCAUGCAGAUAAGCCGUGUUGAGGCACCAAUUGUACCUGUUAUUCCUUCAGGACCUUCUGCCUGCCUUGCUUCAGAUGGUGAAACUGCUGCAAAAAGGAGAAAACUGGGCCUGUUAUCCGAUAGCACACCUGAGAAGGCUGAGAAAGUCCCAGACAAAGCCCAGAAGGUUGAAAGUUUAUUCCAUAAAGAGGUGGAGCCUCUUAACAAGCCUAGCCCGGUGAAGAGCAGCACCUCCAACUCGGUGGAGGAGGCAGCUGAGCCAGUGAAAGUUUUCAGUCCAUCCACUCGGGAUUCAGACAAGUCUGAAGACUGUGCAUCAGAAGCACGGCCACAGGCUAAGGAUAUUGAGGGAUCAGUGAAGGUGUCAGAUCAUAGUUCAGAGUCUGAUGCACAGAGGGGGGUCCAGAGUAAAAAUGGAACCGCCGAGUUUCCAUGGCAACAGUCAGGCCAGGGCAGAGAGAGAGACACCGCUGAUGAGGUGGAGACGCUUGGAGUGGAAGAAGCAGCAGGUUCUCUUGAAAAGGCCAGUGAAUACACAGAAGUCCCCUUGGGUGCCUUAGACAUCGCUGCUGCAGACAGUCUGACACUCUCACCUCAUCAUGAAGGAAGUGAUGCAGGAGACACGGAGCGGCUGGAGGAGCUUCCUCUGUGCAGCUGCAGGAUGGAGGCUCCUCGUGUCGACAGCACCAGCCACAGCAUCAGCAGACAGUGCAUGGCCACUGAGAGCAUCAAUGGAGAGCUAAGGGCCUGUACCAGUACGACUAUAAAAGGGGAGACAAUGCGGCCGUCCAGUCGCGUGCCCCUCAUGGUGCUUUGUGAGAACCAUCGCUCACACAUGGUCAAACACCACUGCUGUCCCGGAUGUGGAUACUUCUGCAUAGCGGGUACUUUUCUGGAGUGCUGCCCAGACCAGCGCAUCGCUCACCGUUUCCACCGGGGCUGCGUGACGGUGCUGGGCGGAGGGCGCAGCAGGGCAAACGGCGGCGGCAUGCUUUUCUGUCCCCACUGCGGUGAAGAUGCCUCGGAGGCCCAGGAGGUCACCAUCCCCCCCUUCGCCUCAGCAGCGACCGUCGUCACCAUGUCGGCCUCCUCCACCACCACUCCAUCCCUCCCUCCCCCUGUCCUGACGGCGCCCUCCCUCACGGCUUCCACAGGAGGCAUGAAGGACGGGAAGAAGCCAGAGAGACCCGUCAGCGCUCGUAUCCGCAGUCAUGGAGUGAUAAAGCGUGAGGUGGAGCAGCCUCCCCAGCCUAUAGCCUCAGGAGAGGGGGGAGUGGACAGCGUGGGGCCUUCCAUCUGCCUUCCGAAUGGCAAACCCAUCUGCCCCAGUGCUCUUCCUCCCGGGCCGAGCAGGGCAGCGCUGCAGAAGGCCAUUCUCACCCAGGACACUGAGAGGAGGAAGAAGCUGAGGUUCCACCCCCGCCAGCUCUACCCUGCUGCCAAGCAAGGCGAGGCGCAGAGAGUUCUUCUCAUGCUGAUGGAGGGCAUAGAUCCCACGUACCAGCCUGACUCUCAGAACAGGCGCUCUGCUCUGCACGCUGCAGCUCAGAGAGGCCUGCUGGAGAUCUGCUACAUGCUGGUGCAGGCAGGUGCUAAAGUGGAUGCCCAGGACAAGGCCAUGAGGACGCCUCUGCUAGAGGCAAUCAUCAACAACCAUGUGGAGGUGGCUCGCUACCUGGUCCAGAACAGUGCCUCUGUCUAUCAUGCUGAGGACGACGGAUACACCGGUCUCCACCAUGCAGCCAAGCUGGGCAACUUGGAAAUUGUGUACCUUCUGCUGGAGACGGGGCAGGUUGAUGUCAACGCACAGGACAGUGGUGGCUGGACGCCAAUCAUCUGGGCUGCUGAGCACAAACAUGUCGAUGUGAUCAGAGCUCUGCUGAACAGAGGAGCUGAUGUCACCAUCAGGGACAAGGAGAUGAACGUGUGUCUCCACUGGGCGUCGUUUGCAGGCAGUGUGGAUAUCGCUGAGCUGGUGCUGAACGCCGGCUGUUGCCUGUCCUCUGUCAACAUGCACGGAGACACACCACUCCAUAUCGCUGCCAGGGAGGGCUUCGAGGACUGUGUUACGUUGUUCCUCUCCAGAGGGGCAGAUAUCGACAUCAUGAACAGGGAAGGAGAUACGCCUCUCAGCCUGGCACGAGUCGAUACGCCGGUGUGGGUGGCACUCCAGAUUAACAGGAAGCUGCGACGAGGGAUAACCAAUCGCGUGCUUCGGACGGAGAGGAUCAUCUGCAGUGACAUUGCACAGGGCUAUGAGAACGUGCCCAUCCCCUGUGUGAAUGCAGUGGAUGACGAGGACUGCCCUUCAGACUAUAAAUAUGUUUCAGAGAACUGUGAAACUUCUGCAAUGAACAUAGACCGCAACAUCACACACUUACAGCACUGUAGCUGUACAGACGACUGCUCAUCUAGUAACUGCCUCUGUGGACAGCUCAGUAUCCGCUGCUGGUAUGACAAGGACCAGCGGUUGCUUCAGGAGUUCAACAAAAUUGAACCCCCGCUCAUUUUUGAAUGUAACCUGGCGUGUGCCUGCUACCGAACAUGCAAGAACAGAGUAGUACAGGCGGGCAUCAAAGUUCGUCUCCAGCUCUACAGGACAGAGAAGAUGGGCUGGGGAGUCCGUGCUCUGCAGGACAUUCCCCAGGGAAGCUUCAUUUGCGAAUAUGUGGGGGAGCUGAUCUCCGAUGCAGAAGCAGAUGUCAGAGAAGAUGACUCCUACCUGUUUGACCUGGACAAUAAGGACGGGGAGGUGUAUUGUAUUGAUGCCCGCUACUACGGCAACAUCAGUCGCUUCAUCAACCACUUGUGUGACCCCAACCUCAUCCCAGUGCGUGUGUUCAUGCUGCAUCAGGACCUGCGAUUCCCGCGCAUCGCCUUCUUCAGCUCCAGAGAUAUCCUCAGUGGGCAAGAGCUAGGGUUUGACUACGGAGAUCGCUUUUGGGACAUCAAGAGCAAGUAUUUCACCUGUCAGUGUGGAUCGGAGAAAUGCAAACACUCAGCCGAGGCCAUCGCUUUGGAGCAGAGCAGGCUCGCUCGGCUGGAGGCCUGCCCCGAGUCAGGAGCUGACCUGGGGAUGGCCAUGCUGGGAAACUCUUAAGUGCCACAUUGUACCACAAAAUAAUACAUUCUGGGGGCUGCAUUUUGUGCUAUCUUGUCAUUAUCUGUGAUUUUGUUUGUUUGUUUGUUUGUUUUUCUAUGUAAGGUGCUAUUUUGUCUACUUAAAUAGAACUGAACAUAUUCUUAAAUUGAGAAUUGACAAUGUCAGUCAUCCAUUAUGCCAUUUUUAAACGUUUUGUUUGUUAAUAGAGUAUGAGUCUUGUCUUGUUUCACAUUUUGAGGGUAACAUGAGGAAAAGAAGUGGUCUGUCAUGCUGUGUAAAGUCACUGUGCUCUUUUGACAUGAGAUGAAAGUUUGUGCACUCAGUCUGCUAACUAACAGUCAUGCACUCAUUUUGUGCCAAGAAACAAUGUAUUUGGAUAUAAUAAUGGGUCAGACUGUAGCCAAGCAGGACUCAAUAUGGACCUGAGGAGGACAUCACUUGCGGAUAUUUGUGUUGGCUCUGUUUUGUCAUUUUUAUACGUUCUUUGUCAUUUGAUUUUUUUUUUUUUUUUCACAUUUAGUUUAAUAAAUUAGCUCAUGACUGAUCUUGGGCUCUUGCAUUUGA